AGACAGCAGUGUAAAUAUUGUAUCUUAGUUAUAAAUAAUUUUUCUAUCUUCUUGAAUAAGAUGAAAACGUCUCUAUCUCUCACACUUUUGCUGUUUAUUCAGCCGAUCAUUGGAAAUCUUUCCGAACACCUCACAUUCUUUUCAUUGCUUGAAAAAUUGUAUUCCAAAGCAGAGACGACCAUCGAUUUUAAAUUGAGACCAAAAUUGGAUUUUAUGAUUACAUUUCCGAAAAAUUCCUAUGAAAUUAAGCCAAAACUUAAAGCACCAUCGAAGGAAAUUCCGAACAAUCUCAAAGGAGAUUUAUUUAUGGGCAAAGUACCAGCGAAUAUGGAAAUAAAUGGAGAAAAUGCGAAGAAUUACUUCCGUAAAUUGAUUUCAUCAAUUGGUGAUGGGCAAGGGAAAAUUGUCAAUCUAAAUUCGGAAAUUUUGAAAAUGAUGUCAUUUAAACCGUCUGAAAAACAUGACGACACUUUUGAUAGUUCGGUUGACAACUGGAAUGAGAAUAAACUUGUCAUGGACCAUGUGCAACAAAUUGCCAAUGAUAUAAAUACCAUGAGAACGGAAUACAAUGAAUGCCAGGUAAAAUUCAACAAGGAGAUGGAAGUGGCUGAUAAAUUAAGAACAAGCAUUGAUAAAGGAAUUGAAGCAGUUACAAAUUGGCUGAGAAAAAUUCUUAAGACUUCGAAUGUUGAAACGAGAAAGAAAAUUAUCAAGAACGAAGAACCAAAAAUAUCAACGAUAUUUGAAUUUCAAGAACAGAUGAUUGAUACACUUGGGAUUUUGAAAGAAAUUCUAGAAGAUUACAAUAAUAAACGCUUUAAGUGGUUGGAGUAUAUUAUUGGGAUGCGUGACACACUCACAGCGGUAGAACGGCAUUCAGUUAAAUUGGUGAAACAAAUAAAAGAAAUUGACCCAAAAAGUCAUCUUGUUAGAAACUUUUUUGGAGCAUUUUCUUGGAAUCAUGAAUAAAAGUAGGGACGGUGAUGAAUAAA